UCAGCCGGCUCCAGCCACCCAGGUCUGUUUUCUGUUUACAAGCCUGAAGAUGGCUGCUGCUUCUUCCUGCAAUGUGGAAGAAGAUGAGAGCCUGAAGGGAUGUGAACUCUAUGUUCAGAAGCACAACAUCCAACAGAUUUUAAAAGAGUGCAUUGUAAACCUUUGCAUAGCAAAGCCAGACCGACCUAUGAAGUUCCUCAGAGAACACUUCGAAAAAUUAGAGAAGGAAGAAUGCAAACAAAUACUGGCUCGGCAGAAAUCCAGUUCCCAGUCUGAUUCUCAUGACGAUGAGAUUUCCCCUCCUCCUCCCAACCCAGUGGUAAAAGCCCGACGCAGGAGAGGGGGGGUCAGUGCAGAAGUGUACACUGAGGAAGAUGCUGUUUCUUACGUCAGAAAGGUUAUUCCAAAGGACUAUAAAACUAUGACUGCUCUGGCAAAGGCCAUCUCCAAGAACGUGCUCUUUGCUCAUCUUGAUGACAAUGAACGAAGUGACAUAUUCGAUGCCAUGUUCCCCGUCACACAUAUCGCAGGAGAAACAGUCAUACAACAGGGUGAUGAAGGAGACAACUUCUAUGUGAUUGACCAAGGCGAGGUGGAUGUUUAUGUCAACGGGGAGUGGGUCACCAGCAUCGGAGAAGGAGGCAGCUUCGGGGAACUGGCAUUGAUCUAUGGAACACCCCGGGCCGCCACUGUCAAGGCCAAGACAGAUCUCAAGCUCUGGGGCAUCGACAGAGACAGCUACAGACGCAUUUUAAUGGGCAGCACGCUGAGAAAGCGGAAGAUGUAUGAAGAAUUCCUGAGCAAGGUCUCCAUUUUGGAGUCCCUGGACAAAUGGGAGCGGCUGACAGUGGCUGAUGCACUGGAACCUGUUCAGUUUGAAGAUGGAGAAAAAAUUGUUGUGCAGGGAGAGCCCGGUGAUGACUUCUUCAUUAUUACAGAGGGCACAGCUUCUGUUCUGCAGCGCAGGUCUGACAACGAGGAGUACGUUGAAGUUGGAAGACUUGGUCCAUCAGAUUAUUUUGGUGAGAUAGCGUUACUGCUCAAUCGGCCCCGAGCUGCUACGGUGGUGGCACGCGGACCCCUGAAGUGCGUAAAGCUGGAUCGGCCCCGCUUCGAACGAGUGCUCGGUCCUUGUUCCGAAAUCCUCAAGAGAAACAUUCAGAGAUACAACAGUUUCAUUUCGCUCACCGUCUAAAUGAUUCCUUCUGGAAAGCUGCCUUUGUGUGACCUUGUGCACUUAAAUUUGCUCUGUGCAGCUCCACAGCUUUAUGAAGAAGAAAAUAAAAGAUGUGCAUUUUAUCUGUAUUUUUUCUGUUUAUGUCACGUACGGGAUGUCAGUUCAAAUCUCAUGUAUCAUGUAAGUAGGAAGACAACUGUUUGGAUAAGACUAGCUUUGGGCAAGAUUAGGCUCUUGGCUUGCAGGCAAGAUUUUUACCUAUUGUUGGAUCAUAUAGCUUAAAACUGUGUUUUUAACUGUUUAAAAUUUGUAUGAAUUUCUAUUUCCCUUAUUGUCUUUGAAGUUGGUCUUAUUCACCUUUUGUCAAGCUUCUUUGAUCAAGCGAUGUCCCUCUGCCUGUCACUUUUAAAAGACUUUUCACUGGUUGUGGGCUGGAGGUUUCUGAAAUCUCACAGGGUGAGUGGCAGUCGCACAGUUUAAGAGGGAAGGUUGGAGGAAGAUUUUGAUCAUUCCAGCAAGCCAGGGAAAAGUAGAGCUUUUGAGUCAUUUUGUGUGUGGCUUAGAUAUAGGGGCCAUACUCCUCCAUGUUACAGCCCCUUUCAGGUCUGCUUUGUAGGAUAUGCUGAGCCAAACAGCCUGCUCCGGUCUUCUGGGUGAAGAGGUCAAGGAACAAUGUUUUGUAAGAAUUCAAAUGGAGCCUUUAGGACCUAAGUUACUUGUCCUCAGCUUUUUUUAAAUGAGGGUUUGCAUUAGAUCCCUUAAAAGUCCAACGGGAACUUCUCUGCUGAAUUAAGUGGGCUUCAAAACGUAUUUAUCUGCAGCAGAGUGUCCUCGGCCACUUCUCUGAAUAUUAUAUGAAAUGCUAAAGAGAUGGUGCCAGGCGCACAUCAGGGGCAACAACAGCAGUUUGUUUUUAAUAAGGUCCACUUAAUUAAAUUCCAAUGCCUUUCUUUUAGUAUAUGACUAAAUUUUAGGAUUUUUUAGGAUUUUCUGAAAGCCAAAUACAUGCUUCAAAAUGCUGCCUCUCCUCCAAAAGACGUGCAUUGCAUAACAAAAAGCACCAGGAUCUUCCAAGAAGCUCCUAGAGCCCCGGUCCCUGCCGGGGCGUGCAGCCUCGCUGGCAGUUGUUGCUGCCCUGCCGAGACAUGGGUCUCCUCUUGAAGGGAGCUGUUUGCAGAUCCAGACCUUACUUGGCUGCGCAGCCCUCAAGGCUGGGAUCAUUUAGAUUAUUCUUUGCGAAGCUUUUCCUGUGAAGGAAGACUUGUCUUUGCUAACAGCAGCAAAGGUCUGCAUCUCAGCUACCCUAAAUAGCACUGCCCGCUUUUCGGUUGUGGCAAAACUCUAUUUCUUCUUCAUGAUAACAUUCUUCUGAGUAAAUACGAACUUUCUGUACCUUUUACAUGCCAGAGGUUAUGCAAUGAAAUAAGGCAGCAAUCUCCCUUUUGAAACUAGAGGUGUUAGUGAAGAACACGGCUAAAAUUACUCCUGCUGACACGCAAUAUGCUUUCUUCUUUGGAAUUAACAAAAACUAACUUGGGACUUUCCUAUCGACUCCCACCAAGAGGGCCCAAUAUUCCAGUAGCUGCCCACAGUGGUUUUUACAGAGCUAACUGCUUCUCGACUUCAGACUCCUCUCAUCACUUCAAGGUGCUUAAUUUAUUUCAGCAUAUUUUCAGUGGUCCUGUCAGUGUAUAUUCGUUGCUACUAUUUAUUAUGAUUCUGUCAUGCUUCUUGCAUGUGUUAUUAAAUAUGACCGUUCACAUUUUUCGACCUUGCAAUUUUUAUCACGUACAUUUAUAUAGGCAGACCCCCAUUAUAUAUAUAUAUAGAUAAAUGUAUAUGCAUUUGCAAAACUUUUGAUUUGCUUCACUGUUUUUGUAUUCUCUUGUGCAAUUUUUAAAAGAAAUAUUUUUAAAAGGUUACCAGUCACUCAUGUAUGUUCUUUUACCUAUUGCAUUUCUGUUGUAUUGGUAAAAAAUUGUGAGUGUUUCGCAUAAUAUGCAAGAUACAUUUCUUGUUAAGCACCAAGUAUUAGCCUCACUGUUUAGAAGUUACUCGAGCAGACACACACACAACACAGAUUCUUUGCUUUGAACCUUUACAGCUCAUGGAAAAUACAUUUGAAUUAUGGUUCUGUUAUAAGCAAUCUCAAGAGAAGUGUAACCAUUUAACACCAGAAUUCCUAUGCUUUAAGUGGAACAAAAUGAUAUUCAAUGACAUUUUAAAGAUAAUUGUAAUAUUUGCAGUGGAUGAUGGCACAGGAUUACGGUAUGAAUAAAAUUCU